AUGAAAUUCACUAUUCUUAACUUGCAAAAUUGCAAGAGUUUGACAAUUUUGCAUUUGGGUGCAAUUUCAUUUAAUUUGUUGAGUCAUCAAAUUAUACUUUCACGCUCCCAUUCAUAUCCCUUCUUUCACGCUCUUCCUCUUUCUGAGUAUUUUGCUUUUGAUUGAAAAAAAACAAAAACAAAGCAUUCUCUAUCUCUCUCCUCCCACUCUCUAUUUCUCCACCAUUGACCAUUGAAGCUGUACUCUGAGCCAUCUCUACUCCAUUGACGCAAAUUCUGCGGUUGCCUUGCGAUUCCCCUGUCCCACUCAAUGGCGGCAGCUUCAGGCCGGAGUUCAAAAGAGUCACACUACUAAAUCUUCAAAGCUGCACGCAUGUAUAGGAUGGAUUGUGAACUACUGUAAAAGGAGCUGUUGAUGAUCUUGAUCUUGUGAUACGGACUCUUGAAGAAUGUGGCUUCCCCCACAAUCGGUUCUAUAUCCACUGUGUCUGUGAUGGAGCCUUGUUACUCGAGCACCUCAAGUUACAUUCAGGAAGCCCAUUGGUAGUGUCAGUGUAUCUGGCCACAAAUUUGUGGGGUGCCCAAUGCCGCACAUUACACUCUGUCCAGUAAUGUGGAGUAUCUUGCUUCAAGGGAUGCUACAAUCAUGGGGAGCAGGAAUGGCCAUGCUCCUCUAUUUCUAUGGUAUAAAUUGAACAGAAAAGGAUAUUGUGGUUUCCAGAUUGAGGUUCAUUCAAAAGUGCCUCCGCAAUGCCCACUACCUUAAAGAUCGGCUUAGAGACGCUGGAAUUAGUGCCAUGCUCAAUGAGCUAAGCAGCACGGUGGUGUUUGAGUGUCCUCACGAUGAGGAGUUUAUCAGACGUUGGCAGCUGGGUAUCACAAUGUGAACAUCAAUGUAGUAGUCCAAACUGAGAAUGGUUUAUAUGUUCCAAUUGUCCAGGAUGCUGACAAGAAAGGUUUAUCCAAAAUUUCUGAAGAAGUUAAAUAUUUGGCCCAAAAAGCAAGGGAUAGUAGCCUGAAACCUGAACAAUAUGAGGAGGAGUCAUUAACGUGAAGAACUUGGAAGAAUUUAGGAGUACAUGUCAGUGGUGAGGGCGAGCAAGAUGAGGAGAGAAUUUGACCAAGCAAAAGGUUAGCAAUUGAGUGAAAAAAAGAGUUCCGGAGAUGAGAAUAUAAUUAUAGGAUGGUAAAUAAAGCAUAUGACAUCAAGAAGCAUAUUAUGUUGUGGUUUGAAGUUAUGGUCUUUUCUUAUGAAUGGACACAGUGAACUUAAAAAUUACAUUAGGGGGUGCCUUUAUACCUUCUUUAGCUGGUAAAAAUAGGAGGGUGUUAACUUGGGAUGGUGGGUGGGUUUAUUGGAUGAGAAAGGUGGAAAAAAAUAAGAUAGAUGUACACUUUUUGAGGCAAGCAGCUAUACAUGGGUUUGUGUAUGUGAAUGUGAAGGUUCCUAGGGGGUUUAGUUGCUGGUAUAAACAAAAGGGCAAGUCUUGGGUGAAUGGUAAAAGGGAGCUUGUUGAUGGUGAGGUGAAUGGUUUCCUAGAGUCGGUGAACAAAGAGGGGGCAUGUGAGAUGUAUGUUACCAGUCAUGAGCCAAUUGAAGGGACUAACAAAACACCCUUCAAAUGUAUAUCUGGGAAUGAGCUAACCCCUGCACAAAGGAAGGAACUGAAAAAGAGGUUUGGUGGGCCUAAAGUAUACAAACCCAGCCCAGAACUUAGUAAGCCCACUGAAGAAGAGCCAUUUAGGAGAAGCCCUAGGUUAAAAGGCAUUGUUAUACAUGACAGAGAGGCUGAGGAGAGGCUUCCUAGGGCAGAGAAAGUGAAUGCUAAUACACAUAAAGGGAAGGGUAAACUCACUGCUGCAGAUAAGGGUAAGGCUAAGGUUGGGGAUGAGACUGGAAAUUUAGCUAAUUUAGUGAGAAAAAUAAAAGAAAGAGUGAGGAGCUUAAGGGAUGACAGUGAUGUGUUUAGUGAUGAGGAUGGUGAUACAGAGUCUUCUGAUUCUGAGUUGAGUGAUUUUGAGUUAGAAGUUGAUGAGGGAGAGGAGGACUUAUACUCUGAUGAUGAUGAACAGUGGUUGAAGAAAAAUGUAGACCAUAUUAACAGUGAGGUGAAAGACAGUUUGAGGGGAGUUAGUGAAGGAGGGGAUCAAAGUGAUGAUGAGGACACAGGGUUUGACAUAGAAAGAAAUCUACAGAAAAUUGAAGUGAGGGUUGAAGAGGAGGCAACUUGUGAUUCUGAUGAGCUAAAGAGUGUGGAAGGUGAUUCAGAUGAUGAUCAGGGUAGUGUUACUUGGUUUAACCCUGAGACAGACUUUGAAAGGGUUAUCAAAUUUGUAGUUGGUCAAAGGUUCAGUGAUGUGCAAACAAUGAGAAAAGCUUUGAGACAACAUGCAAUUGAAAAUAGGUAUGAAUAUUACCUUCUUCACAAUGAUUCAAAGAGGCUAACAGCAUAUUGCAAAAGGAAAUGCAAGUGUGUGUAUAACAAGAACAGUUGUAGGAUAGUGAAGUGUACAUGUAGUAAGGGUGUUAGGUGUAGGUUCAAGUUUUAUGCAACAAGGCUUGUGAAAUCAGAGGCUUGGCAAAUUAAGACACUAAGGCUGAAGCAUAGGUGUGUUAGGAGUAAAAUGAACAACAAGGUGACAGCAGAGUUCCUUGCUGACAGGUACUUGGAGGAGUUCAGGGGCAACCCCAGAUGGAAGAUUAAACAGAUUCAGGACAGGGCCUUGAAUGACUUGGGGAUCAAAAUUACAUACUCCAAGGCUUGGUUGGCUAGAAGCAGGGCAAAGCUUAUAAUAUAUGGCUCUUCAUCAGAGCAAUACUCAAAGGUUUGGGACUAUGGGAAGGCACUGCUGAAAUGGAACCCAGGGAGUGAGUGUAAUGUGGUGGUGGAUGAUAUUAAUCAAAUUGAAAGACCAAUUUUUAUGAGGAUGUUUGUGUGCUUAGCUGCACUUAGGGAUGGAUUCAUUUCUGGUUGCAGACCAGUAAUUGGGGUGGAUGGGUGCCAUCUAAAAGGGGCAUACCCUGGGCAGAUCUUGGUUGCAGUUGGAAAAGAUGGCAAUAAUUCCAUCUUCCCAAUUGCUUGGGCAACUGCAGAGAUUGAGAACAAGGACAGCUGGUGCUGGUUUCUGGAGAGCUUGCUCAAGGCACUUUGUGUGUAUGACCAAGGAGAUGGCUUGACUUUUAUGUCUGACAGACAGAAAGGUCUCAUAGAAGCAUUUGCAGAUGUGGCCCCCAAAGCUGAGCUCAGAUUUUGUGUGAGGCAUAUUUGGUCAAAUUUCAAACUGAAAUUUCAUGGUGCAACUUUCAAGGAAUUGUUCUGGGCUGCUGCUAGGGCAAGCACUCUGGUAAGCUUCUAUUUAGGUUCUUUUAUGUCAGUUUUAUGGUGAACUAUAAUGUAUGCUAGGAACAUUUAGUUUUGCACAUGGUUGUUGUUGUGUUGAAUGGUUGUCAUGUGUGUGGUUGUAUCAGUUUGAGUUUGAAGUUGCU